CGUUUUCUCCAAACUGACCCCUGCCCUUCCACCGUCAUGCGACCCUGACGAGUCUCACGUUUUUCCGUAUGUGACCUCGGAGUGUCGGUGCUCAGAUUCGCCUUAAUCUGAAUGAAAAAACUCUGGAAAUUGUUUGGAAAAACUAAUUUAUUGAAAACCGCCCCGCGGCUGCCAGAGAAUCGUUGGCCGUACUUCAGUGAGGUUAGCCGGGCUACCACCAGGGGAGGUGAAGAGGAAACAUGGCUUCCGUGGAAGAACUGUCCCCGGCGUCAGGCCCGGUGUCUGCUCGGCUUCGAGAAGAUGAAAUAGACGACGAUGAAGAUGAAGAUCUGGAUGAGACCCUGGUGGAGAGGUUGUGGGGUCUGACCGAGAUGUUCCCGGACACAGUGAGGACAGCUGCGGAGACCUCCGCGCAGUGCUCGGUCUCCGUGUUAAAGAAGUUUUACAGCUUUUCCCGCUCGGCGCUGUGGGUGGGGACGACCUCCUUCAUGAUCCUGGUGCUGCCGGUGGUGUUCGAGACGGAGCGGCUUCAGCUGGAGCAGCAGCAGCUGCAGCAGCAGAGACAGAUCCUGUUAGGACCCAACACUGCGAUGUCGGGCGGGAUGCCCGGCAUGAUGCCUGCUGCACCUGGCAAGGUGUGAGGACCAGGAGGAAUCUGGGGAAAUCUGCCUAGCAACAGCGCUCUGAUUCGCCUCUCUCCUUGUGCUCAACGUCAUGCAGAGACUGUAAUCCAGGAGCAGCUAUCGCUUCUGUCAACUCGUUUGUUUUUUUAGAGAAAUACUGAAAGUAAAUGUUUGUUGGAUCAGAGUCAGGAAGGUUGUGGACGUUGUCUGAAGUCUGAUCAGUGGUUCUGUCCUGGUAGGUAGAAACGUUGUGUUG